AUGGAGUCCUGCUCGAUUGAUCCUGCCAGCCACUUUGCUCCAACUACACCUCCCACACCCCCAACUCUAGCGAUUCCUUCUUGGAAUCUGUUCUCUAAUUCUGUAUCAUCUUCUCUUACGAUCAAAUUGGAUUGCCUCAACUUGAAAUCACAAGUUGUUCCCACUGUGAUUGGCCAUGAUCUCGAUGAUAUCUUGUUUCAUGGUGUCCCUCAUCCCUCUACUCUGUCAUCCUCCACUAUUUGGAAAGCCCUGGAACAAAGAUUUAACAGUAAUCUCUCGAUUUCUGAUUACACUGACGAAGUUCAGAAUCUUGUAGAUUCUUUAGCUGUCGCAGGCUCUGUUGUCAAUGAUCAAGAUAUCAUUCUCCAACUCCUGAAUGAAUUGGAACCAGAGUACGACUCUGCUGUAUCAGGCAUUACAGCAAGAAGUGAUCUUCUUUCUAUCGAAGAAGUUCAGGCCCUUCUUCUCUCUCAUGAAAGCAGAUUGGACAAUCACAAUGUUGUUAAUGAAUUAGCCAUGAAAAUACAAGCUAAUCUGACAUAUGACUUUGGGGAUGAUAAUUGUUGGUUUGUGGACACGGAUGCUACUCAUCAUGUGGCAAAUAAUCCACAAAAUCUUGAAAGCUCAGCCUCUUACCAUGGUCCUCACUCUCUUGUUGUUGGAGAUGGUAAGAAGCUGGUUAUUUCUCACAUUGGCUCCCUCAAACAAUUGCAAUUUUGCACUGCUUGUCAACUAGGAAAGAACCAUAAGCAGGCCUUCCGUAUAUCACUUAACAGAGCCUCUAAACCCCUUGAAAUAAUUCACAUAGAUCUUUGGGGUCCCUCCCACAUUACUGCUAAAGAUGGCUAUAGGUAUUAUGUCCACUUCGUAGAUGACUAUAGUAGGUACACUUGGAUAUUUCCCUUAGUUGAGAAAAAUCAAGCCUUUGAUACCUUUGUUAGGUUCAAAAGCAUGGUUGAAAAGCAAUUUAAUUUACCUAUAAAGAAUUUACAGGCUGACUGGGGUGGAGAGUACAGGACUUUUACUAGAUUUCUGAGUGAUCAAGGUAUUCUUUUCACUCACUCGUGUCCACACACACAUGAACAUUAUGGUCGUGCUAAGAGAAAGCACAGGAAUAUUACUGAAACAGGUUUAACCAUCCUAACACAAUCUGGUUUGGACUUCUCUUACUGGUGGUUUGCAUUUUAG